AUGAACAUCCCAAUUCCUCGGGAUGUCAAGAUUACAACAGAAAAAUAUAACGGCAAAGGGGACCCCCAAGAACAUCUGGAACAAUUCCAGACAAACAUGAUGGCACAAGACGUGGCAGAUCCAAUAGCAUGUCGACUGUUUCCAACAACCAUGAAGGAGACAACACUUAGAUGGUACUCAGCGUUACCAUCUAAUUCGGUACAAAGUUGGGAGGACUUGACCAACCAAUUCCUCGUACGAUUUGCAACCAGCAAGGCCCAAUACAAAUCUACACACGCGCUAAAAACUGUACGUCAAGGAUCAAAUGAAACUUUGCACGAUUAUCUGAACAGAUUCUUUAAUGAAGCACUCUUGGUCAGAGACCUGGAUCCACAAGCCUCACUACAUAUCAUCACAGAAGGAUUACUUGAUGACCCUUUCUCUAUGUUGCUAGCCAAACAGCGACCACGCACCAUAGAAGAACUUAGCGCACGAUCAGAAAAAUUCAUCAACCUUGAAGAUUAUAAGCGUUCAUGA